AUGCAUUUGCAUGUUUUGACACGCCCUAAUUAUAACGUAUUUGAAAUAACUCUAAAAAUAUUUUCACAAAAAUUUCCAAAAGGUAUUUCAACAAUGUUGUGUAUACUUCCACUAGCUUUAAUCAACAAAUAUUCCCCAACAGUUUUUGUUUAUGCAGUAAUAUUUGUUUGCAGUUUGGGUCUUCUACACGGACUUGUUUUUUUGCCUUGUUUGCUUUGUAAUUUACCUAUUUGGUGUAAUUCUCAACAAAAUUAUUUUUUUGGAUUUUUCUCUAAUUUUGGAAAAUUUCAAGUUUAUGAAUUGGAUAUGAUUACAAUUGAAGAGAGAAAAGAGCAAAGGAAUUAA